UGGAGUAGGAGAAAGGAAGGAAGGAGGGAGGAAGGAACGCUCCAAUGGAGAUGUCCGGAACGAUGCUCUUCGUGACCGCCCUGCUCUCGCUGUCGACCCUGUGCGCGGCGACGGAAGACAAACCGGAAGCUGCAAUGCUCCGACAGUUCGGGCCUUACGGACGCAGCCCCGACUUCCAACGGAACUCCCGCAACGACCGGAGGCGACCCAACGACGACUACAAACUGGACGACCUCUACGCCAACCACAACUUCGAGAAGGGGGACUUCGACAGAUUCGGCGACUUGGGUCAUGGCGGCCAGGACUUCGGCGAUAAUUACUUCGGAAAUGAUGAAGGAUUCCCGAGUGGCGGGUCCUACAGGCAGCAGGAUAACGGGGUGAGGUCGGGCGGGUCCUUCGAGAGGAUUUCGAGGCCUGGGCUGAACCGCCGGGCAGGAUAUACGGACGCUCUUGACUACGGCCGGCGGGGGAUCGAGAGGAGUGGAGGCAGUAGCGGCAACAACGGGAGUAUCGACGUCUAUAGCAUCCUAGCCCUGGGACUCUUCGCCGCCUUCCUGGGCUACAUCGUCUACUACUACAUCAGCGUCAACGGAGGCGGCAGGUCCUUCGAGGGGCUUGGAGGAGAAGGCAUGACGAGAAUCCUUGAGGACGUGACGAAGGGGAUCGAGAGAUGGGCCCUUUUAGAGCUGUUGCCUGAUGCCUUGGAGGGUUUUGAUAUUUCCAGGUUGUUGAGUCGAUAAAGUGGGUUUCAUGUUGUAUGUUGUGUGUUAUAUUU